CUUUAACGCCACAAUCAGUCAAAUUUCACAAGCUCCGUUAAAAGACUUUUGGCCCUUUCCGCCUUCCAUAGAAUUAUGCACGAUUGCAGCGUUCAGAUUAGAAUGGUCGUAGCAUUGUAAAAUCUGGCACGAAAAGGAAUUGCCGCACAGUCCACAAUAUUCGGUGAUCUCAUAGCACACCGCGCCAUCGAUGGUGGGAAGGAUAUCUCAAUGACUUCUAGUUCCUGUGCCGCAACCUAUCUGGAGGCUAGACCUUGGUGGAGGCUGGAUCUCCAGGCUGAGUUUCGAGUGAGUAUCGUGGUCGUCACUUACAGAGAAGACUGCUGUCCAGACAAUAGGAGAGAUUUUGAGAUUCGCUUCGGCAGCUCUCUGCAGGACAAUGGAAACACCAAUCCCAGCUGUGCUGCGAUCUCAAGUGAUGCAGUGGCCAACAGCGUCACCUAUUCCUGCUCUGAUCGGAAGGGACAAUACGUAAACAUCCUGCUUAAUGGACUCUUUAAGGCCAUCUUUGUGUGUGAGGUGGAAGUGUACGAGUCAGAUUAUUUUGCACGAUCGUUUAUGAAGAUAACGUUUAACUCAAACGCUAAUUUGACCGACCCCACAGUAAAGGACAACUUGCUUAAAGAGUUGAAGUCAGCGCUGACUUGGAGAGGAAACACUUAUGUGACGCUGAGCUGGUCUCAACCCCCUGCAAAAGUGGUGAUGCAAAAUCAGCAUGAAAACGCUGAAAGCAGAACGAAUCAAGAAGCGCUUGAUAUGAACAUGAGGGUUUUCUGCAGGAUCCUGUCACUUCUCCUGGGGGUUUUCUCAGUUCAAAUAAAGGCGCAUGGAACAGAAGUGAACAUUGCAGGAUGGGGCAUAGCCAAUCAAUCGACAUUAUUUACGAGCUGGUAUGCCCAAAACGCAGUAGAUGGAAAAAACUACACCUGUAGUCACACUGAAUCACAAAGUGAUCCGUGGUGGACACUGGAUCUGCUGAAGACGUACAGCGUGAACAGAGUGACCAUCACUAACAGACCCGACUGCUGUGGCAGCAGGAUAAACGGGACAGAAAUUCGGGUUGGAAACGAUUCUUCAGAUGUUUUCAGCAACCCAGUUAGGAGCACACAACAUACAACAUAUCUUCAAUUUGGCCAUAAUUGCAGAUGUGCUGUAGUUUCUACUAUUCCAGCCGGAGCUACCUACAGCUACUGGUGUCAUGGGAUGGAGGGACGUUAUGUUAGUGCGAAUAUUCCUGGAACUUCAAAGAUUCUCACUCUUUGUGAAUUGGGAGUCUAUGUGAUUUUUCCAGAUAAUUUGGCAACAGGUAGAAACGUCACACAGUCAUCGACCUAUGGCAACUGGUCUGCUGAGCAUGCCAUUGAUUUUAAUCCUGGUUUCAGAAAAUCAUGGUCAGCUUGUUCCUCAACCGCUGGUGGGACUAACCCAUGGUGGAGGCUGGAUCUGAGUUCUGUGUACCGAGUUAGAAGAGUAGUUGUCACAAACAGAUUAGACUGCUGUCCACAACGAAUAAACGGAACUGAGAUUCGCAUUGGAAACUCUUUGGAGAACAACGGCAACAACAAUCCCAUAUGCGCUGUGAUUUCUAGCGUCCCAGGUGGUGUUUCGUCCACUUAUGUAUGUAACAAUAUGGAGGGUCGAUACGUGAAUCUGCUCUUACCUGGAGAUUCAAAGAUUCUUACUCUGUGUGAGGUGGAAGUCUAUGGAGAAGGUCCUUUAUUGGUGAAAACCUUUGUGAAGAUCAAGUUGAAGUCCAAUUCGAGUCUGUCUGAACCUGAAAUGAGAGUUCAGCUCCUGUCACAGCUGGAGUCUGCCCUGGCCGAUCAAGGGGUUUCUGAUGAAGGAGUGACGCUGCAAUGGUCUCAGCCGCCCAAACAGGAAGUGAUGCAGAAGGAAGCUGUGCCAGCUCAGUGUGCUCGAAGAAAGUGGUGAUGAUGGGGAAUACUCUCUUCGGAUUACUUUCUUCAUUUUUCAUUUACAUUGCUUUAAUAAUCGAUGUUCCUCACAAUUUAAAGGAUCUAUGUAAUGCAUUUAAUAUGAUUCAUGACACUGAGUCAUUCUCACAAAACACAUCUUCGGAUUCAGACAGUUUAUUAUUAGUAAUUUAUCACAGAGCUUAAGUUAUUAAUUAUCGCCCAUUAAAGAUACUUUAGGUGGAGUAUAAGCUGUUAUUUGGAUGUAAUGCAUGAGGAUUUGUUUUUACGUAAAUUUGGCUGUUGGCGCCACACUGCUGUGGUUUAUUAAGUAACACAUGAAUGUUUAGUGUCUCUGUGAUUGAAAUAUUCUCUACGAGAGUUGUGCAAGAUUAAUUCAUCAUGUGAAAAUAAUUAAUACAUCAUGUGAAAUACACUACACUUGUAUAUUACACUGAACAAUAAACCAGCCAAACCAGCACCAGGCUGCAAUAUUUAUAUAGACUUUUAUCAUAAUCAAAGAGUCACACAUGCACAUGUGUCGCUUACACAAAA